AUGGAUAUAAAUUUGGGUUUCAAAAAAAAGUCGGCGGACGACAUUAACCGUUGGAUAUGUGCACAAAGAACGCGUAAGUCAUAUUUGAAAAUGAAUAAUUCAAAUAUAAUCGUUGAUAAAAGUAUAAUACAUAACCAUGAAAAAGACGAUGAAAAAAAACUUAACAGACAGAAAUCAAGCAACGUUUCAAAACGAAAAGCUCGAGAAGCAUUACAUGAGCGGCCGGUAAAAAUUAUGCGCUGUGAGUUGGCCAAAUCUGAUACUGAAACCAUAGACGCUCAAGAUUUAUGUAGAAUAAGAAAAAAUAUACGUGCUAGUCGGUGUAGCACAGUACCAAAGUUGCACAAAACAUCGAGCGAGAUUCGUAAUAUAUUAAACAAUUAUAGUUUAAUAACUAAUCGGGGAGAAAACUUUUUAUUUAUUAACAGUGUUGAAACCAAUAUUAUUGUAUUUUCACGUGAUAGCAAUUCGGAAGUAUUACGUCAAAUGAUAUCCGUGUUUGUUGACGGUACUUUUAAAAGUUGUCCAAAGCUUUUUUGCCGACUCUUUUCAAUUCACGGUGUAAAAAAUAACUACUACGUCCCUCUGGUUUUCAUUUUACUUCCAAAUAAAACAAGUGAUACGUAAACAAAAGCUUUCAGUUUAAUUACAAAUUAUUUAAACCCGGAUAAAAUACGAGGGCUAAUCAAAACGUAUCAA